UGGAUUGAGGACUACAAGGAGAGGCGAGAAAGAUGCCGACCUCCACGUUGGCUAGAGCGGCCAUGAAGAGACAUAGGAACUUCCGGGGCGGAACUCUCUGGUCCUUUCCCUUCCGCGGAGACGGCGGGGGGGCGGGAAUGUGGGCCGCUAGCAACAUCAAAAUUCGCGAUUGCUUGGCCUCUACUUCCGUCACUCUCAAACGGUGCCUAAAAUUGGGGGCAACCAUGGCAAAAAGCAAGUUCGAGUACGUGCGGGACUUCGAGGCUGACGACACCUGCCUGGCUCACUGCUGGGUGGUUGUGCGGCUGGACGGCAGGAAUUUCCAUAGGUUUUCUGAGAAGCACAACUUUGUAAAACCUAAUGAUAGCCGUGCUCUCCACCUAAUGACCAAAUGUGCUCAGACUGUAAUGGAAGAACUAGAGGAUAUUGUGAUUGCAUAUGGACAGAGUGACGAGUACAGCUUUGUGUUCAAGCGGAAAAGCAACUGGUUUAAAAGAAGAGCCAGUAAGUUCAUGACUCACGUGGCCUCCCAGUUCGCCUCCAGCUACGUGUUUUAUUGGCAGCAUUACUUUGAGGACCAGCCCCUUCUGUAUCCCCCAGGCUUUGAUGGAAGAGUUGUGGUGUAUCCUAACAACCAGACCUUAAAGGACUACCUCAGCUGGCGGCAAGCAGAUUGUCACAUCAAUAAUCUUUAUAAUACAGUUUUCUGGGCACUUGUACAACAGUCUGGACUAACACCAGUGCAAGCCCAAGCGAGAUUACAGGGAACUCUUGCGGCAGACAAGAAUGAGAUUUUGUUUUCUGAGUUCAACAUCAACUACAAUAAUGAGCCAAUGAUGUAUAGGAAAGGAACUGUGUUGAUAUGGCAGAAGGUGGAUGAAGUCACGACAAAAGAAGUUAAGCUGCCAGCAGAAAUGGAAGGAAAAAAGAUGGCAGUGACCCGAACUAGGACUAAGCCAGUGCCCUUGCACUGUGAUAUCAUCGGGGAGGCUUUCUGGAAGGAUCAUCCCGAGAUCCUAGAUGAAGACAGCUGACCCUUUGCUUUUCAAUCCUGGCGUGCUUAACCAUGCAAGGCCCUCCAAUUCUUCUCGCCUUCGGUGGCCCUAGCAUCCCUACCACCCAGAACAGUGUCCCAGGAGUGACAUGCCUCUGGUUGGGAAGGGAACAGGGAAAGAGGGAUGGAUGGAUGUAGGGUAUCUUGUUCUGCUUUAAGUGGAACACUUUUUAUGCAGUAUUGGAACAUGGUGCCUUCGGCAGAAGUGCAUUUUUUAAAAAAUCAUGGUACUAUUUUUAUAAAGCAAGAGCUAUUUCAUGCCUUGCAGAAUGAAUCCUUUUUAGGUUGUGGCGUAAGUCUUAUUAAUAUAAAAACUUACCAAGCCCUUUUUACCUGUGAUAGAGGGUGAGCCCAAACUUUAUUCUUGCCCACCUGUUCUUAACUAGAGAAUCCAAUGACCUUGAAAAAAAUAUCACCUUUCCCACCCAUUUACUUGCUUUCAUCUUUGGCAGACCUGGAGAUUAAAUAUAGGUUGAUGCCUGCCUGAUGUCUUUUGGAUUCAGGAAUUUCAGAGGAAACUCAACUUUGUGUCAGUCUCCAAGUUGGCAACUUUGGAUAAACAAAUGAAUAGUUUGGAUGUCCUUGUGUAAACAUUCCAUAGAUUCUGUGGAGUUGUCAGCAUGAUCAUCAUCAUCUUGCCAAGGUCAUUGUUUGCAAGGCCACUUACCUCUUUAUAAGAAGAAAGAAUUAUGUGUACAUAUGAGAGAAAGAAAACGUGGGAGAAGGAGGGAGAAACAGUCACUCCGUGUCCUCCAGAUACUUCAGUUUUAAAAGUCACCUUGUCACCUAUUGGACUUCCUGAAAAAGAGUCUCGUGUAGCCUCUGUAUAAUUAGAACAAUCACAUUUGAUUUGGAGAGCAGGGGGGUCAACACUCCGUUGCAGUCACAGGUGGCAGGUGGCAGAGAAGUCCUAAUAAUAGCUCCACCUGCAGAUGAGCCAGCCGAGAUGGGUAAGGAGCAAAGAGCGACAGCAUUCAUUUUGUGUUGUCAAGCUGUUUGCCUCUGAAAGGGGGCAGUAGUGGGGACAGGCAGUGAGUACUCACAUUGCCUCUUGUCCUCGUUUCAUAUUUUAGAGGAAAAAGAUUAUUUGGCUCUAUUAAGAAUUAAGAGACAGCCCACCUCUUGCACGACAGGCCAAGAAGAAAAUAUUUUUGAAAGGGCAAUGGCUGGUCUCAUUCUCCAGUUGAUACCCCAUCUGUUGAUGCCAUGUUUUCCCUUCGAAUAGGAGAUGUGACUCAUUUUUAGUGUUUGAUAAAAUAUCUGAGGGAAAAAAAUAAAGGUUUCAACUCCC